AUGCCUUUUCUCGCUGAAGAAAAGGUGGCGAUCCCAAAUCAAGACAUCCUGUCUUGGAUGUUCGACAAGCCCAAAUUCGACCAAGAAAAACCUGUCUAUAUUGAUGCCAUUGAUCCGUCAAGGUCGAUUUCUGCAAGUCAAGCUCGGGUGAUGAUCCGAAAGCUUGCUGCAGGUUUCCAUGCCGCUGGAGUGACGCCGGGGGACUGUGUGUGCGUUCACAGCUUCAACAAUAUCUACUACCCUAUGCUGUUUCUAGGUAUCAUUGCAGCGGGCGCAAUCUUCGCGGGGACCAACCCAGCUUAUACCCAUUUCGAACUUGCUCACCACUUCAAGACAUCGCGCACCAUGUUCGUCAUCGCCGAGCCUGACUUGUUGCAAGCUGUAGUAUCUGCUGCACAGGAAUGCGAUAUACCGCAAUCCAGAAUCUGGGCCUUCGAUAGCCAAAAGGAGCCGAUUCCAACUGGAUUCGCGUCCUGGAGAGAGCUCCUCAAACACGGGCAGAGGGAUUGGAUUCGCUUCAACGACGAGCAAGUCUCCAAGAGGACGACAGCAGCGAGACUAUUCAGCAGUGGGACUACCGGAUUGCCGAAAGCCGCAGCGCUGUCCCAUUACAAUCUGAUCGCUCAACAUACGCUGGUCAAUGAAACACAGCCGACUCCAUACGAGCCGCGCCGCUUACUAUAUCUGCCGCUGUUUCAUGCAGCAAUGGUUCCAGUGGCCCAUGUCACACCUCUCCGAUCAGGCGAUUUGAGCUACAUUCUCCGGCGUUUCGAGAUGGAGCCAUUCCUCGCUUCCAUCCAGCAAUAUCAGCUUACUGAGAUGGUCUUCGUCCCACCUGUCGCUGUUGCUGUCUUGAAGUAUCCGCUUCUUCACAAGUAUUCUCUCAAAUCUAUCAAAGUGGUCGUCUGUGGGGCAGGGCCACUGGACAAGGAACACCAAAACGCGCUUCAAGUGAUUCUAGGGCCCGAGACGUCUUUCACUCAGGUGUGGGGUAUGACGGAGACAAGCUGCGUCGCUUCAAAGUUCUACUAUCCCGAGCGGGACGACACUGGCAGUGUUGGGCAUAUGAUGCCGAACUUGGAUGUCAAGCUCAUAGACGACAACGGAAACGAUAUUACAACUUUUGAUGUUCCUGGAGAACUAUGUAUUCGAGGCCCAACGAUAAUAUCAGGCUACUUCAAUAGUCCGCACGCUACAAAGGACUCGAUCGACGAGGAAGGGUACUUCAAAACUGGGGAUGUGAUGUAUUGCGACUCGAAAACAAAGAAAUGGUAUAUCAUCGAUCGCAAGAAGGAACUGAUCAAAGUGAGAGGAUUCCAGGUAGCGCCAGCCGAGAUCGAGGGGGUCUUGCUUUCACAUCCGGAGAUAUUGGAUGCUGCUGUGAUUGGCAUCAGGAAGCAUGACGAAGCUGAUGUGGAACUGCCAAAGGCAUAUAUAGUGCGGAAACCCGGAUCUGACAAUACCGUAAUGACGGAAGAGAUGGUGAAAUCUUUCUGUAGAGAGAGAUUGGCAAAGUACAAAGAGCUAUCAGGGGGAGUUUCUUUCAUUGAUGCUAUCCCGCGGAAUGCAACAGGCAAAGCUCUGAAGCGCAUACUGAGGGAAAUGGCGAAAGUUGAGAAUGGAAAUCCAAGCAGGCUUUGA